GCCGCCGCCAGCCGCUCCCCCCCGCCGCCAAACUCACCACCACCAUCUUCUGCAUGUGCAUCGCUCGCAGCCGGACACAAACCGCUCCCCGGCGAUGGAGACUGCGGGAAAAGCCCGGCGCGGCGGGAUGGCUUGCUGAAACUGCGGCGGCUGCGGGAAGAGAGGCAGAGAAUAGGGCAGCAAAUCCUAAAGCAACAGCAAAAUAAAAACUGAAAAGAAAAAAAAAAAAAAAAAAAGAAAAAGAAAAAAAAAGGAAAAAGCAAGGAGAAAAGCUCUUUUUUUUUCUCCCCCUUUUCCCUCUUUUUUUUUAUUUUUUUAUUUUUUAUUUUUCAAUUCUUGAUUUUGUUUGUAGCCGCCUCGUCCUCAAUGCCUCUCUGAGCAGCAUCUAGCGAGCGAGCGGGAGAAGGCGAGAGAGAGGCAAAAGAGAAGAUGAGGAUAAUUUGCAGACAGCUUGUCUUGUUGUUUUCUGGCUUUUGGGGACUAGCAAUGGGAGCUUUUCCUAGCAGCGUGCAAAUAGGUGGUCUCUUCAUCAGGAACACAGAUCAGGAAUAUACCGCUUUUCGAUUAGCAAUUUUUCUUCAUAACACCAGCCCCAAUGCCUCCGAAGCACCUUUUAAUUUGGUUCCUCAUGUAGACAACAUUGAAACAGCUAACAGCUUCGCUGUAACAAAUGCCUUCUGCUCCCAAUAUUCUAGAGGAGUUUUUGCCAUUUUUGGACUUUAUGAUAAGAGAUCAGUACAUACCUUGACCUCAUUCUGCAGCGCCUUGCACAUCUCCCUCAUCACACCAAGUUUCCCCACUGAGGGUGAGAGUCAGUUUGUGCUGCAGCUGCGGCCGUCGCUGCGGGGAGCCCUCCUGAGCUUGCUGGAUCACUACGAAUGGAACCGCUUUGUUUUCCUGUAUGACACAGAUCGAGGUUAUUCAAUACUUCAAGCUAUUAUGGAAAAAGCAGGACAAAAUAGCUGGCAAGUCAGCGCCAUCUGCGUGGAGAAUUUCAAUGAUGCCAGCUACAGGCGGCUUUUAGAAGACCUGGACAGAAGACAAGAAAAGAAAUUUGUAAUAGACUGUGAAAUAGAGAGGCUGCAGAAUCUCUUAGAACAGAUUGUGAGUGUGGGAAAGCAUGUUAAAGGAUACCACUACAUUGUUGCCAACCUGGGAUUCAAAGAUAUUUCUCUGGAGAGGUUUAUGCAUGGAGGAGCUAAUGUGACGGGAUUUCAGCUAGUAGAUUUCAGUACCCCAAUGGUAACUAAGUUGAUGCAGCGCUGGAAGAAACUGGACCAGAGAGAAUACCCGGGAUCCGAGACCCCACCAAAGUAUACAUCUGCAUUAACAUACGAUGGAGUGCUUGUGAUGGCUGAAACUUUCCGCAAUCUCAGAAGGCAGAAAAUAGAUAUUUCAAGAAGAGGAAAUGCUGGAGAUUGUCUUGCUAAUCCUGCUGCCCCAUGGGGUCAAGGAAUUGAUAUGGAGAGAACACUGAAACAGGUUCGAAUACAAGGAUUGACAGGAAACGUUCAAUUUGACCACUAUGGUCGCAGAGUCAACUACACUAUGGAUGUCUUUGAGCUGAAGAACACAGGUCCUCGGAAGGUUGGUUACUGGAAUGACAUGGAUAAAUUAGUUCUAAUUCAGCAUGAACCUACACUUGGAAAUGACACUUCAGCCAUGGAGAACAGAACUGUAGUUGUCACUACAAUUUUGCCUCUGAUGAAGAAUCCUAUUUUAAGAAAUUGAUCAAGGAAGAAAAGAGUCCCAAGAUGCUGCGAACAUUCCUAACUAAGGCUCAAGUAUUAACCACCAGUCUAGUAGCAUUGAGCUAAUUUUUCCAUAUGGAUUACUGUUCCUCUGACUGGAUGACCAGGCACUGAACCACCAGGAAAAGUUCUGUGACUAAUCUGAAAUGUAUAGAACAGAUGACGUUAACCUUCAACUUUGCCAAGCUGAGAAGAGAAUGAUGUGAAUAACAAGCUUUCAGUCGAAAUUUUCCUCUCAUUACCAAUCCUGAUAUCUUUGACUGAAGCUAUCAUACAUGAGUACUGUAAUUUCCAUAAAUAGCUUCAAGCUUAGGAGAAGCGAGUAAAAAAUAAUAAUGAAAAGUAACAUACAAGGUUCCUGUUUGCCAGAAAGAAAAAAAAAAGGAAAACACAAAAGCUUUUAAAAUGUGUUAUCUUGCCUGUCCUGUUUGCAUUGAAGCAUUUUGAUGUGCAUAAUAAAUGUUAUCUUCAAAAGAACUUUUCCAGUCCCUGCACUGAAAGGACUGGUGGGAUAAUUUUCAAAACCAAAAAAGUUGAAUUAAUAUUCCAAAGCAUGCCCUCUGUUUAUGCAGCAUGUUAUUUUGGGAUAAAUACAGUUAUUUAAAAGUAGAACUAAUUCUUGACCAAAAGUGUCCCCUUUCAAUGUUUUAAAAUCACAGUGCAAGAGAAAUAGAUCAGAAUUUGGUUUGAAUCAUAAUAUAUGGUGAAUACUGCCAUAAGUUAGUCAUGCACAUCUCUCAUUGACCCCAAUGGGAGCUGCUCAUACAAUUCUGAAGGCAGAUUAUAACCAUGACUCUUAAUAUUGACUUAUUAGGGCACUUAAUUUAAUAUUCAGAAGCAUAUAAUAAUGCACCUAGACAAAAAAAAAAAAAAAAAAAAAAAAAAAAAAAAAAAAAGAAAGAAAAAGAAAAAAAAAAAAGAAAAAAUUAACUAGAGCAACUCUUCAUCAGACAGUGAGAUUUUUACCUCCUCAUUGUCCUCUUCAUAUUGAAGGCAGGUUGAACCAUUGUAGAUGGCAUAUAGUUUUGGUUGCAUGCCUAUUUUCCAGCACUUAACUGAAAUGCUUCUGCAGUCAGUGCUGUUAGAGUUUUCAGUCUUCAAAGAGAGGUGUCAUGCCAGAGUAAGAAAAGUUUACAAGUUCUCAGCAUGGCUUGCUUUAAUUUUUGCCUGAAGCCAAAUAGCACAAGUUCAUUUGCCUUCUGUUUCUUCACAUUUUGUGUGUCUACGCUUACUUCACUGUAACAUGACUGUAUGGCUAUUGAAUUAUAAAGAAUUAGCUCUGCAAUCAGAGAACCUAGUACAGUGUUUUCUUCUUGGCAAAAUGCUGUCUUCAUUUGUAUUGUAGGAAGAGUACGUAGAAUUUUUUUGUACAGAUUUGGUUCAGCAUGUAGACACUCAGCCUAUCAUCAAAUAAUCAAGUGGUGAGGGAGCAUCCCAGAGUGAGCAGGCAACAUGGGCAGUGACAUACAUUAAUCUACCAGCUGCCACAUACCCCUGGAUUUUAUAGUUCCUGGAAGAGCUGUGUGCUUUGAACUUCAUGUGCUUCACGUCCUUCUGCAUGCCUGGCCCUCUCAGCAUGGACAGAUCCUCUCCCUGUGUGCAGAAGUAUUAUCCCCCCAGAGGCCCCAGCUUGAUGUGCAGUGGGCUCAUUAUAUGGCUAAAGUAGAGACACUGUGUAUAAUCUUCUCUAGUAGUAAGGCAAAUAUAGUGGUUUAUUCAGUCAGGAAAAGUAAUCAUCACUGUUCUAGCAAGAUAAGAAAUAUGGUGGUGAGGUCACUAAAUCACAAAAUGAUCUGGAUUGGAAGGAACCUUAACAGCCACCCAGUUCCAAUUCCCUUGCCAUGGUCAGGGCUACCAACCAUCAGAUCGAGCUGCCCAGGGCCCCAUCAAACCUGGCCUUGUGCACCUUCCAGCACCUCAUCACUCUGAGAUGCUGAACUAGAAUAUAUGGGAGUAGGCUGUGAUGACUAACCCAGAUUCUCUAAUCCCUUUCAUGAUGCAAACGCUGUACUUUGCAAAAACUAAAGAUCAUGAAAAUUCUCUAGAACCAAAGCUAGACAUACAAUGAGCUGUGUCUGCAUUGUGGCUUCCAGCUCAGUAUUUUAAUAAGAUAGUCUUUGCAUUGGCAGGCUAAUCUUGAAUGGCAAGAUCUCAUUCAAGACUGUGCCAUCUAAAUGUAGAUGUCUUUACAGAGGGUCUCAAUUCGAUUGCCCGCUUAAAGCAUGCAGUGACAAUUAUGAUGCUGUAGGAUAUUCUGCCUACCCCCGUUUCUGUAAUUAUAACAUCAGGAUGAACCUUUCCUGCCUGUCUUAUGCUGUAUGUGACCAAUCCAUGGGGUCACAUACUACCGUAUGAUGUUCACAUGGGAUGAGUUGUUCCCCAAGUGUGUAAGCUUUCAUGAAAGUACUUAAAGACUUAGAGAUUGUUUCAAUUAUCCAUAAGUAAGUGGCUAACACUGAGGAUAUCUGAGCUACCCAGACCUGCAGAAUAACAAAUGGGGGGCAGACAGGCUACCAGAGGGCACCCAAGAUAACAGACACUUCCAAUAGGUGACUAAAUGUAACCCUCUGUUUUGACUGGUGUACGCUUGCCCGAGUCUUACCUCAAAAAUUCUUUGAUCUUCUCAUAAUAGAAAAAUAUUUUUUCAUAAAAUAUAUUUAUUAAUUAAAUUCUUCAGUAGACUGAAGAAAAAAAAAUAACAUUUGUUGCAUGACAAUAAUAAAGACUUCAAACCGAAUCCUGGACACUUCAUUCUGAAAGAAAAAGAAAAAAAAAAAAAAAAAAAAAAAAAAAAGUUCAAUUGGCUUCUAUUGGUGAGGUUUUUUUUCAGAAUAAAGUGUGACAUGUGCCACUCCUGUUUACAAAAUGAGACAUUUCCUUGCACAAAUAUUUGUCACUUUUUCAAGUUAUUUUUACAGUGCUUAAAGAUUUUGAAUUAACUUCUUAACAGUAGACAAGGCAUACGUAGAUCUGUUUAAUAUUUGGACUAGUUACAUUCUCCAGCUUCCAUUAUAGUAUGAAUCAUCACUUGCGAGCAUUUUACUGUACACAUUAAUUUAUGGAAAUGUGGUGAAAUGAUUUGUUUUCAUCUAUAAAAGUAAUUGUUCCAGGCAUAAACUUGUAUUUACAUAUGUUAAGUAUUGUUAUAAAAUUGUGAAUUAUAUAAGUAAAGCUUGCACCAUUUCAAAUAUC